CCCCCGCCUCCGCGCGCCAUUCCUGCGCGUCCCGCCUGCCGCGCCUGGCCAUGGCCGGCCUGGGGCCGCGGCCCGUCAAGGGCUACCGGGUGGUGCUGCUCGGCAGCGUGGCGGUGGGCAAGACGGCGCUCGCCACGCAGUUCGCCUGCGGCAGCUUCCCCGAGCAGUGCGAGCCGUCGGUGGAGGAGCUCUUCAGCAAGGUGAUCGAGGUGAACGCGGCGCCCGCCCUGCUGGAGAUCGUGGACACGGUGGGCGCCGAGCACCUGGUCACCCUCAAGGACCUGUACAUCAAGAACAGCGACGGCUUCGUGGUGCUCUACAGCGUGUGCAGCGAGGCCUCCUUCGAGGCGGUGCGGCCGCUGCGGGAGCGCAUGGGCCGGCUGCGGGGGCCCAAGGCCGUGCCGCUGGUGCUGGUGGGCACCAAGGCCGACCUGGACGCCCAGCGCCAGGUGCUGACGGCGCAGGGCCGUGCGCUGGCCCGCGAGUGGCGGUGCCCGUUCCUGGAGGUCACGGCCAAGAGCAAACUGAUGGUGGACCAGGUGUUUACGCAGGUGGUGCGCGAGAUGGAGGCCCUGGCGCCGCCCGAGGAGGAGGUCCCGGCAAUCCCCACGAACGCCCAGGAUACGUGGCCAUCGGAAAGAUUCAUCGGCUGAUAUCCAGCGGUUCCUGCUUCAUUUGUUCCCCGCUUUUCGUGAUUUCUGAAGCUCACUAUUCCUACUCUGCCUUUUAAAAGAAAGUUAUCCAGCGGCAAACGAGAGGUUACUUCUAUAUACUGACUCAAACCAGUGCUUCCGACUGCCCACAGAGCCUCUAAAGUCGUUGUUGAAAACUUUGCGACUUUGUUUACCUCUGACAGUGCUAGAAGAAGAAACCAAAAAUCGAUUUUCCCCCGUAUGGAGAGAGUACUGCCCUGUUCUUAAGACGGAAUUUGUCAUAGGGAUUAGUUGUUUUUGUUUUUGUUUUUUUAUUUUUUUUGGAUAAUUACAACUUCAAUUGUCAUCUGACAUUUGAAAUCAAUGAACAUGAACUACAGUUUAAGCUCUCGAUUCCAUGAGGCUUUCAUGUGUUUGCCUCUCCUUUACAGCCUUGAAAUGUAGUAGUAAUAUUUUCCUCUCUGCGUAUGUCUAAAUAUAGUGAUGACAUACAUAGCAUGGUUUGAAGGGGAUACCCUGUACCCUGGGAGCGGAAAAAUCAACUGUGUAUGCACACAAAGAUAGCUCAGCUCUGCCUUCAGUUCUGUAACUGACAUCUAGUCGAUUUCUGCAGCUGUAAACUGAGUGAAAAUAAAAUAACUUUAGAAGUUGA